AUGACGGAUCACACCGCCUCGGUCGAGGAGAGCAAUGCGGCGCGUCUGCCUCUUGGAUACCGUGACUCUUGCAGCGCAAAAAGCCUGCUGAUUCCCCUUAACAAAUGUCGCCGAAAGACCUUCUACGCUCCGUGGGCUUGUGAGGAGGAGCGGUACGUUUGUCUUUUUGACCCCAGUCACACCUACGAGCGCUGCCAGUACCAGGAGUAUGUGAAUGGAGUACUUACAUCUAGCUUCCUUAACCGCCAGAAGAAGCUCCAGCAGCUCGUGGCUGAGAAGGCCAACAGCGCGGCCGAAGACCUCUAG